AUGCCUGUGACCGUGCUAUUACUGAUACAAGCCCAACGCCCUCACUCCCCAGCUCCCCAGCGCCACAUCUCCACAUCACCCCAGCUCCACAUCUCCACAUCUCCACAUCACCCGAGCUCCACAUCUCCACAUCUCCCCAGCUCCACAUCUCCACAGCUCCACAUCUCCCCAGCUCCACAUCUCCCCAGCUCCACAUUUCUCCAGCUCCACAGCCCCACGCCCUCACCCCCCAGCUCCACAUCUCCCCAGUUCCACAGCCCCACGCCCUCAUCUCCCCAGCUCCACAUCUCCCCAGUUCCACAGCCCCACGCCCUCAUCUCCCCAGCUCCACAUCUCCACAUCUCCACAUCUUCCCAGCUCCACCUGGCCCCAGCUCCACAUCUCCCCUGCUCCACAUCUACCCAGCUCCACAUCUCCCCAGCUCCACAGCCCCAUGCUCUCACUAGCUCCAUAUUUUCCCAGCGCCACAGCUCCACGCCCUCGCCCCCCAGCUCCACAGCUCCACGCCCUCGCAGCCCAGCUCCACAUCUCCCCAUCUCCACAUCUCUCCUGCUCCACAGCCCCACACCCUCACCCCCAGCUCCACAGCACCACGCCCUCACCCCCAGCUCCACAUCUCCCCAGUUCCACAGCCCCACGCCCUCACUCCCCAGCUCCACAUCUCCCCAGUUCCACAGCGCCACGCCCUCACCCCCAGCUCCCCAGCUCCACAGCUCCACGCCCUCGCACCCCAGCUCCAAAACUCCCCAGCUCCACAUAGCCCCAGCUCCACAGCCCCACGCCCUCACUCCCCAGCUCCACAUCUCCCCAGUUCCACAGCCCCACGCCCUCACCCCCAGCUCCACAUCUGCCCAGCUCCACAGCUCCACGCCCUCGCACCCCAGCUCCACAUCUCCCCAGCUCCACAUCUCCCCAGCUCCACAUCUCCCCAGCUCCACCUGGCCCCAGCUCCACAGCCACCCAGCUCCACGCCGUCACUCCCCAGCUCCACAGCCCCACGCCCUCACUCCCCAGCUGCACAGCCCCAUGCCCUCACCCCCAGCUCCACAACCCCCAGCUCCACAGCCCCACGCCCUCACCCCCAGCUCCUCAGCCCCCAGUUCCACAGCCCCACGCCCUCACUCCCCAGCUCCACAUCUCCCCAGUUCCACAGCGCCACGCCCUCACUCCCCAGCUCCACAUCUCCACAUCUCCCCAUCUCCCCAGCUCCCCAUCUCCCCAGCUCCCCAUCUCCCCAGCUCCACAUCGCCCCAGCUCCACAGCUCCACGCCCUCGCUUCCCAGCUCCCCAUCUCGCGAGCUCCACAGCCAACCAGCUCCACGCCGUCACUCCCCAGCUCCACAUUUCUCCAGCUCCACAGCCCCACGCCCUCACCCCCAGCUCCACAACUCCACAGCCGCACGCCCUCACCCCCACCUCCACAUCUCCCCAGGUCCACAGCCCCACGCCCUCAUCUCCCCAGCUCCACAUCUCCACAUCUCCACAUCUUCCCAGCUCCACCUGACCCCAGCUCCACAUCUCCACAGCUUCACAUCGCCCCAGCUCCACAUCUCCCCAGCUCCACAGCCCCACGCCCUCACUCCCCAGCUCCACAUCUCCCCAGUUCCACAGCACCACGCCCUCACUCCACAUCACCCCAGCUCCACCUCGCCCCAGCUCCACAUCUCCACAGCUCCCCAUCUCCCCAGCUCCACAUCUCCCCAGCUCUACAGCCCCACACUCUCACCCCCAAGCUCCCCAUCUCCCCAGCUCCACAGCUCCACGCCCUCACUCCCCAGCUCCACAACUCCCCAGCUCCACAGCUCCACGCCCUCGCACCCCAGCUCCACAACUCCCCAGCUCCACAGCUCCACGCCCUCGCUCCCCAGCUCCACAACUCCCCAGCUCCACAGCCACCCUGCUCCACGCCGUCACUCCCCAGCUCCACAUCUCUCCAGCUCCACAAGCCCACGCCCUCACCCCCCAGCUCCACAUCUCCCCAGUUCCACAAGCCCACGCCCUCACCCUCCAGCUCCACAUCUCCCCAGUUCCACAGCUCCCCAUCUCCCCAGCUCCACAUCUCCCCAGCUCCACAACUCCCCAGCUCCACAGCCAACCAGCUCCACGCCAUCACUCCCCAGCUCCACAUCUACCCAGCUCCACAUCUCCCCAGCUUCACAUCCCCCAGCUCCACAUCUCCCCUGCUCCACAAUUCCCCAGCUCCACAUCUCCCCAGCUCCACAGCCCCAUGCCCUCACUCCCCAGCUCCAUAUUUCCCAGCUCCACAGCUCCACGCCCUUGCCCCCAGCUCCACAUCUCCACAUCUCCACAUCACCCCAGCUCCACCUCGCCCCAGCUCCACAUCUCCACAGCUCCUCAUCUCCCCAGCUCCCCAUCUCCCCAGCUCCACAGCCCCACGCCCUCACCCCCAGCUCCACAUCUCCCCAGUUCCACAGCACCACGCCCUCACUCCCCAGCUCCCCAGCUCCACCUCUCCCCAGCUCCACCUCUCCCCAGCUCCACAGCCCCACGCCCCUCACCCCCAGCUCCACAUCUCCCCAGUUCCACAGCACCACGCCCUCACUCCCCAGCACCCCAGCUCCACCUCGCCCCAUCUCCACCUCUCCCCAGCUCCCCAUCUCUCCAGCUCCACAUCUCCCCAGCUCCACAGCCCCACGCCCUCACCCCCAAGCUCCCCAUCUCCCCAGCUCCACAGCUCCACAACUCCCCUGCUCCACAGCUCCACGCCCUCGCUCCCCAGCUCCACAACUCCCCAGCUCCACAGCCAGCCAGCUCCACGCCGUCACAUCCCAGCUCUACAUCUCUCCAGCUCCACAAGCCCACGUCCUCACCCCCAGCUCCACAUCUCCCCAGCUCCACAGCCGCACGCCCUCACCCCCAGCUCCACAGCUCCCCAGUUUCACAGCCCCACGCCCUCACUCCCAAGCUCCAUAUCUCCCCAAUUCCACAGCGCCACGCCCUCACUGCCCAGCUCCCCAGCUUCCCAGCUCCACAUCUCUACAUCUCCCCAGCUCCACCUCACCACAGCUCCACAUCUCCACAUCUCCCCAUCUCCACAUCUCCCCAGCUCCACAUCUCCCCAGCUCCACAGCACCACGCCCUCACUCCCCAGCACCCCAGCUCCACCUCGCCCCAUCUCCACAUCACCCCAGCUCCCCAUCUCUCCAGCUCCACAUCUCCCCAGCUCCACAGCCCCACGCCCUCACCCCCAAGCUCCCCAUCUCCCCAGCUCCACAGCUCCACAUCUCCCCAGCUCCACAGCUCCCCACUCACAGCCCCACGCCCUCACCCCCUCCCCAGCUCCACAUCACCCCAGCUCCACGCCGUCACUCCCCAGCUCCAUCCCCCAGCUCCACAGCCCACACUCCACAUCAGUUCCACAGCGCCACGCCCUCCCCCCAGCUCCACAUCUCCCCAGCUCCACAUCUCCCCAGCUCCCCAUCUCCCCAGCUCCACAGCCCCACACCCCCCACCCCCCCCAGCUCCACAUCUCCCCAGUUCCACAGCACCACGCCCUCACUCCCCAGCUCCCCAGCUCCCCAGCUCCACCCCAGCUCCACAUCUCCACAGCUCCACCAUCUCCCCAGCUCCCCAUCUCCCCAGCUCCACAGCCCCACGCCCUCACCCCCAGCUCCACAUCUCCCCAGCCCACUUCCCCCACAGCACCCACGCCCCCCAGCUCCACAUCACUCCCCAGCUCCCAUCUCUCCACAGCUCAGCCCACGCCCCCAGCUCCACAGCUCUCCCCAGCUCCACAGCCCCACGCCCUCACCCCCCAUCUCCCAGCUCCCCAUCUCAUCCCCCAGCUCCACAUCUCCCCACAUCUCCAGCUCCACAGCCCCACGCCCUCACCCCCAGCUCCACAUCUCCCCAGUUCCACAGCACCACGCCCACAUCACUCCCCAGCACCCCAGCUCCACCUCGCCCCAUCUCCACCUCUCCCCAGCUCCCCAUCUCUCCAGCUCCACAUCUCCCCAGCUCCACAGCCCCACGCCCUCACCCCCAAGCUCCCCAUCUCCCCAGUUCCACAGCUCCACAACUCCCCAGCUCCACAGCUCCACAGCCAGCCAGCUCCACGCCGUCACACCCCAGCUCUACAUCUCUCCAGCUCCACAAGCCCACGCCUCCCCACAGCCCCAGCUCCACCCUCCUCCCCAUCUCCCCAGCUCCACAGCCGCACGCCCUCACCCCCAGCUCCACAGCUCCCCAGUUUCACAGCCCCACGCCCUCACUCCCAAGCUCCAUAUCUCCCCAGCUCCUCAGCACCACGCCCUCACUGCCCAGCUCCCCCCCAGCUUCCCAGCUCCACAUCUCCACAUCUCCCCAGCUCCACCUCACCACAGCUCCACAUCUCCACAUCUCCCCAGCUCCACAUCUCCCCAGCUCCACAUCUCCCCAGCUCCACAUCUCCCCAGCUCCACAGCCCCAUGCCCUCACCCCCAGCUCCACAGCUCCCCAGCUCCACAGCCAACCAGCUCCACGCCAUCACAUCCCAGCUCCACAUCUCCACAGCUCCACAUCUCCACAGCUUCACACCCCCAGCUCCACAUCACCCCAGCUCCACAGCCACCCAGCUCCACGCUCGUCACUCCCCAGCUCCACAUCUCUCCAGCUCCACAGCCCCACGCCCUCACUCCCCAGCUUCACAUCCCCCAGUUCCACAGCGCCACGCCCUCACUCCCCAGUUCCCCAGCUCCACAUCUCCACAUCUCCACAUCACCCCAGCUCCACGCCCUCGCUCCCCAGCUCUACAUCUCUCCAGCUCCACAAGCCCACGCCUCACCCCCAGCUCCACAUCUCCCCAGCUCCCCAGCCGCACGCCCUCACUCCCUAGCUCCACAGCCACCCAGCUCCACGCCGUCACUCCCCAGCUCCACAUCUCUCCAGCUCCACAGCCCCACGCCCUCACUCCCCAGCUUCACAUCCCCCAGCUCCACAGCCCCAGGCCCUCACCCCCAGCUCCACAUCUCCCCAGUUCCACAGCGCCACGCCCUCACUCCCCAGCUCCCCAGCUCCACAUCUCCACAUCUCCACAUCACCCCAGCUCCACCUCGCCCCAGCUCCACAUCUCCACAGCUCCUCAUCUCCCCAGCUCCCCAUCUCCCCAGCUCCACAGCCCCACGCCCUCACCCCCCAGCUCCACAUCUCCCCCAGUUCCACAGCUCCACCUCACCCCAGCUCCACAUCCCACAGCUCCACCUCGCCCCAGCCUCCACAUCUCCACAGCUCCACAGCUCCUCAUCUCCCAGCUCCCCAUCUCCCCAGCUCCACAGCCCCACGCCCUCACCCCCAGCUCCACAUCUCCCCAGUUCCACAGCACCACGCCCUCACUCCCCAGCUCCACCUCGCCCCAGCUCCACCUCUCCCCAGCUCCACAUCUCCACAGCUCCCCAUCUCUCCAGCUCCACAUCUCCCCAGCACCACAGCCCCACGCCCUCACCCCCAAGCUCCCCAUCUCCCCAGCUCCACAACGCCCCAGCUCCACAGCUCCACGCCCUCGCUCCCCAGCUCCACAACUCCCCAGCUCCACAGCCACCCAGCUCCACGCCGUCACACCCCAGCUCUACAUCUCUCCAGCUCCACAAGCCCACGCCCUCACCCCCAGCUCCACAUCUCCCCAGCUCCCCAGCCGCACGCCCCUCACUCCCUAGCUCCACAGCUCCCCAGUUUCACAGCCCCACGCCCUCACUCCCAAGCUCCAUAUCUCCCCAGUUCCACAGCGCCACGCCCUCACUGCCCAGCUCCCCAGCUUCCCAGCUCCACAUCUCCCCAGCUCCACCUCAUCCCAGCUCCACAUCUCCCCAGCUCCACAUCUCCCCAGCUCCACAUCGCCCCAGCUCCACCUCCACAUCUCCCCAGCUCCACAGCCCCACGCCUCACCCCCAGCUCCACAUCUCCCCAGUUCCACAGCACCACGCCCUCACUCCCCAGCACCCCAGCUCCACCUCGCCCCAUCUCCACCUCUCCCCAGCUCCCCAUCUCUCCAGCUCCACAUCUCCCCAGCUCCACAGCCCCACGCCCUCACCCCCAAGCUCCCCAUCUCCCCAGUUCCACAGCUCCACAACUCCCCUGCUCCACAGCUCCACAGCCAGCCAGCUCCACGCCGUCACACCCCAGCUCUACAUCUCUCCAGCUCCACAAGCCCACGCCCUCACCCCCCAGCUCCACAUCUCCCCAGCUCCACAGCCGCACGCCCUCACCCCCCAGCUCCACAGCUCCCCAGUUUCACAGCCCCACGCCCUCACUCCCAAGCUCCAUAUCUCCCCAAUUCCUCAGCACCACGCCCUCACUGCCCAGCUCCCCAGCUUCCCAGCUCCACAUCUCCACAUCUCCCCAGCUCCACCUCACCACAGCUCCACAUCUCCACAUCUCCCCAGCUCCACAUCUCCCCAGCUCCACAUCUCCCCAGCUCCACAUCUCCCCAGCUCCACAGCCCCAUGCCCUCACCCCCCAGCUCCACAGCUCCCCAGCUCCACAGCCAACCAGCUCCACGCCAUCACAUCCCAGCUCCACAUCUCCACAGCUCCACAUCUCCACAGCUUCACACCCCCCAGCUCCACAUCACCCCAGCUCCACAGCCACCCAGCUCCACGCCGUCACUCCCCAGCUCCACAUCUCUCCAGCUCCACAGCCCCACGCCCUCACUCCCCAGCUUCACAUCCCCCCAGUUCCACAGCGCCACGCCCUCACUCCCCAGUUCCCCAGCUCCACAUCUCCACAUCUCCACAUCACCCCAGCUCCACGCCCUCGCUCCCCAGCUCUACAUCUCUCCAGCUCCACAAGCCCACGCCCUCACCCCCCAGCUCCACAUCUCCCCAGCUCCCCAGCCGCACGCCCUCACUCCCUAGCUCCACAGCCACCCAGCUCCACGCCGUCACUCCCCAGCUCCACAUCUCUCCAGCUCCACAGCCCCACGCCCUCACUCCCCAGCUUCACAUCCCCCCAGCUCCACAGCCCCAGGCCCUCACCCCCAGCUCCACAUCUCCCCAGUUCCACAGCGCCACGCCCUCACUCCCCAGCUCCCCAGCUCCACAUCUCCACAUCUCCACAUCACCCCAGCUCCACCUCGCCCCAGCUCCACAUCUCCACAGCUCCUCAUCUCCCCAGCUCCCCAUCUCCCCAGCUCCACAGCCCCACGCCCUCACCCCCAGCUCCACAUCUCCCCAGUUCCACAGCACCACGCCCUCACUCCCCAGCUCCACCUCACCCCAGCUCCACCUCGCCCCAGCUCCACAUCUCCACAGCUCCUCAUCUCCCCAGCUCCCCAUCUCCCCAGCUCCACAGCCCCACGCCCUCACCCCCCAGCUCCACAUCUCCCCAGUUCCACAGCACCACGCCCUCACUCCCCAGCUCCACCUCGCCCCAGCUCCACCUCUCCCCAGCUCCACAUCUCCACAGCUCCCCAUCUCUCCAGCUCCACAUCUCCCCAGCACCACAGCCCCACGCCCUCACCCCCAAGCUCCCCAUCUCCCCAGCUCCACAACGCCCCAGCUCCACAGCUCCACGCCCUCGCUCCCCAGCUCCACAACUCCCCAGCUCCACAGCCACCCAGCUCCACGCCGUCACACCCCAGCUCUACAUCUCUCCAGCUCCACAAGCCCACGCCCUCACCCCCCAGCUCCACAUCUCCCCAGCUCCCCAGCCGCACGCCCUCACUCCCUAGCUCCACAGCUCCCCAGUUUCACAGCCCCACGCCCUCACUCCCAAGCUCCAUAUCUCCCCAGUUCCACAGCGCCACGCCCUCACUGCCCAGCUCCCCAGCUUCCCAGCUCCACAUCUCCCCAGCUCCACCUCAUCCCAGCUCCACAUCUCCCCAGCUCCACAUCUCCCCAGCUCCACAUCGCCCCAGCUCCACAUCUCCCCAGCUCCACAUCUCCCCAGCUCCACAGCCCCAUGCCCUCACUCCCCAGCUCCACAUCUCCCCAGCUCCACAUCUCCACAGCUUCACAUCCCCCCAGCUCCACAUCUCCCCUGCUCCCCAUCUCUCCAGCUCCACAUCUCCCCAGCUCCACAGCCCCACGCCCUCACCCCCCAGCUCCACAUCUCCCCAGUUCCACAGCACCACGCCCUCACUCCCCAGCACCCCAGCUCCACCUCGCCCCAUCUCCACCUCUCCCCAGCUCCCCAUCUCUCCAGCUCCACAUCUCCCCAGCUCCACAGCCCCACGCCCUCACCCCCAAGCUCCCCAUCUCCCCAGUUCCACAGCUCCACAACUCCCCUGCUCCACAGCUCCACGCCCUCGCUCCCCAGCUCCACAACUCCCCAGCUCCACAGCCAGCCAGCUCCACGCCGUCACACCCCAGCUCUACAUCUCUCCAGCUCCACAAGCCCACGCCCUCACCCCCAGCUCCACAUCUCCCCAGCUCCACAGCCGCACGCCCUCACCCCCAGCUCCACAGCUCCCCAGUUUCACAGCCCCACGCCCUCACUCCCAAGCUCCAUAUCUCCCCAAUUCCACAGCGCCACGCCCUCACUGCCCAGCUCCACGCCGUCACUCCCCAGCUCCACAUCUCUCCAGCUCCACAGCCCCACGCCCUCACUCCCCAGCUUCACAUCCCCCAGCUCCACAGCCCCACGCCCUCACCCCCAGCUCCACAUCUCCCCAGUUCCACAGCGCCACGCCCUCACUCCCCAGUUCCCCAGCUCCACAUCUCCACAUCUCCACAUCACCCCAGCUCCACCUCGCCCCAGCUCCACAUCUCCACAGCUCCUCAUCUACCCAGCUCCCCAUCUCCCCAGCUCCACAGCCCCACGCCCUCACCCCCAGCUCCACAUCUCCCCAGUUCCACAGCACCACGCCCUCACUCCCCAGCGCCCCAGCUCCACCUCGCCCCAGCUCCACCUCUCCCCAGCUCCACAUCUCCACAGCUCCCCAUCUCUCCAGCUCCACAUCUCCCCAGCACCACAGCCCCACGCCCUCACCCCCAAGCUCCCCAUCUCCCCAGCUCCACAACGCCCCAGCUCCACAGCUCCACGCCCUCGCUCCCCAGCUCCACAACUCCCCAGCUCCACAGCCACCCAGCUCCACGCCGUCACACCCCAGCUCUACAUCUCUCCAGCUCCACAAGCCCACGCCCUCACCCCCCAGCUCCACAUCUCCCCAGCUCCCCAGCCGCACGCCCUCACUCCCUAGCUCCACAGCUCCCCAGUUUCACAGCCCCACGCCCUCACUCCCAAGCUCCAUAUCUCCCCAGUUCCACAGCGCCACGCCCUCACUGCCCAGCUCCCCAGCUUCCCAGCUCCACAUCUCCCCAGCUCCACCUCAUCCCAGCUCCACUCUCCCCAGCUCCACAUCUCCCCAGCUCCACAUCGCCCCAGCUCCACAUCUCCCCAGCUCCACAGCCCCAUGCCCUCACUCCCCAGCUCCACAUCUCCCCAGCUCCACAUCUCCACAGCUUCACAUCCCCCAGCUCCACAUCUCCCUGCUCCACAUCUCCCCAGCUCCACAUCUCCCCAGCUCCACAGCCCCAUGCCCUCACUCCCCAGCUCCAUAUUUCCCAGCUCCACAGCUCCACGCCCUCACCCCCAGCUCCACAUCCCCCAGCUCCACAGCCCCACGCCCUCACCCCCAGCUCCACAUCUCCCCAGUUCCACAGCGCCACGUCCUCACUCCCCAGCUCCCCAGCUCCACAUCACCCCAGCUCCACCUCGCCCCAGCUCCCCAUCUCCCCAGCUCCCCAUCACCCCAGCUCCCCAUCUCCCCAGCUCCACAGCCCCACGCCCUCACCCCCAGCUCCACAUCUCCCCAGUUCCACAGCACCACGCCCUCACUCCCCAUUUCCACAUCUGCACAUCACCCCAGCUCCACCUCGCCUCAGCUCCAGAUCCCCACAGCUCCCCAGCUCCACAUCUCCCCAGCUCUACAGCCCCACGCCCUCACCCCCAAGCUCCCCAUCUCCCCAGCUCCACAGCUCCACGCCCUCGCCCCCAGCUCCACAACUCCCCAGCUCCACAGCUUCACGCCCUAGCUCCCCAGCUCCACAACUCCCCAGCUCCACAGCCACCCAGCUCCACGCCGUCACGCCCAGCUCCACAUCUCUCCAGCUCCACAAGCCCACGCCCUCACCCCCAGCUCCACAACUCCCCAGCUCCACAGCCCCACGCCCUCACCCCCACCUCCACAUCUCCCCAGUUCCACAGCCCCACGCCCUCAUCUCCCCAGCUCCACAUCUCCCCAGUUCCACAGCCCCACGCCCUCACUCCCCAGCUCCACAUCUCCACAUCUCCACAGCCCCACGCCCUCACUCCCCAGCUCCCCAAUACCCCAGCUCCACAGCCCCACGCCCUCACUCCCCAGGUCCACAGCUCCCCAGCUCCACAGCUCCACAGCUCCACGCCCUCGCUCCCCAGGUCCACAUCUCCACAUCUCCACAGCCCCACGCCCUCACUCCCCAUCUCCCCAGCGCCCCAGCUCCACAGCCCCAAGCCCUCACUCCCCAGUUCCACAUCUUCCCAGCUCCACAGCUUCACGCCGUCACUCCCCAGCUCCAUGCCCUCACUCCCCAGCUCCACAUCUCCCCAGCUCCACAUCCCCACGCCCUCAACCCCAGCUCCACAUCUCCCCAGCUCCACAGCCCCACUCCCUCACUCCCCAGCUCCACAUCUCCACAUCUCCCCAGUUCCACAGCCCCACGCCCUCACUCCCCAGCUCCACAUCUCCACAGCCCCAGCUCCACAGCCCCACGCCCUCAUCUCCCCAGCUCCACAUCUCCCCAGUUCCACAGCCCCACACCUCGCUCCCCAUCUCCCCAUCUCCCCAGUUCCCCAGCUCCCCAUAUCCACAGCUCCCCAUCUCCCAAUCUCCACAGCUCCCCAUCUCCCCAUCUUCACAGCUCCAAAGCUCACCAGCUCCCAAUUUCCCCAUUCCCCCAGCUCCCCAUCUCCCCAGCUCCCCAGAUCCCCAGCUCCCCAUCUCCACAGCUACCCAUCUCCACAGCUCCCCAUCUCCUCAUCUCCCCAGCUCCACAGCUCCCCAUCUCCUCAUCUCCCCAGCUCCACAGCUCCACAGCUCCCCAUCUCCACAGCUCCCCAUCUCCCCAUCUCCACAGCUCCACAGGUGUCCAGCUCCACAGCUCCACAGCUCCCCAUCUCCCCAGCUCCACAGCUCCCCAUCUCCCCAUCUCCCCAGCACCCCAUCUCCCAAGCUCCACAGCUCCACAGUUCCCAAGCUCCACAGCUCCACAGCUCCACAGCUCCCCAUCUCCACAGCUCCCCAUCUCCCCAGCUCCACAGCUCCCCAUCUCCACAGCUCCCCAUUUCCACAGCUUCACAGCUUCACAGCUCCCCAUCUCCCCAGCUCCACAGCUCCCAAUUCCUACAGCUUCACAGCUCCACAGCUCCCCAUCUCCACAGCUCCCCAUCUCCACAGCUCCCCAUUUCCACAGCUCCACAGCUCCCCAGCUCCACAGAGAAGGCCUCAGAGGCACACGGGCCUGCCCAGAAAAUUACAAUGGGGAAUCUAAAUUUGAAUUACAAAUUCUACGAGCCAACCUGGGCACCAAAUCUGAAAUACUGUAA